AUGUCCCGCUCCAACCCGCCCAACAACGCGGCUGCGUCUCGCAAGAUCUCGUUCAACGUCAGCGAGCAGUACGAUAUCCAGGAUGUCGUCGGUGAGGGUGCUUAUGGUGUCGUAUGUUCUGCGAUACACAAGCCCUCGGGCCAGAAAGUGGCUAUCAAGAAGAUCACGCCUUUCGACCACUCCAUGUUCUGCUUGCGAACCCUGCGCGAGAUGAAGCUUCUCCGCUACUUCAACCACGAAAACAUCAUCUCGAUCCUCGACAUCCAGCGACCUCGCGGCUACGACUCGUUCAACGAGGUCUACCUCAUCCAGGAGCUCAUGGAGACGGACAUGCACCGCGUUAUCCGCACCCAGGACCUUUCCGACGACCACUGCCAAUACUUCAUCUACCAGACGUUGCGUGCGCUCAAGGCCAUGCACUCAGCCAACGUGCUGCACCGAGACUUGAAGCCAUCCAAUCUGCUGUUGAACGCCAACUGCGAUCUCAAGGUUUGCGAUUUUGGUCUGGCGCGUUCAGCAGCUUCGCAGGAGGACAACUCUGGUUUCAUGACGGAAUACGUGGCUACGCGGUGGUACCGUGCCCCUGAAAUCAUGUUGACGUUCAAGGAGUACACCAAGGCCAUUGACGUUUGGUCGGUGGGGUGCAUUCUGGCGGAGAUGCUAAGCGGCAAGCCUUUGUUCCCCGGAAAGGAUUACCACCAUCAACUCACCCUUAUUCUUGACGUGCUUGGUACGCCGACCAUGGAAGACUACUAUGGCAUCAAGUCACGACGUGCUCGUGAAUACAUUCGCUCUUUGCCAUUCAAGAAGAAGGUGCCCUUCCGCACCCUAUUCCCCAAGACAUCGGAUCUCGCCCUCGACUUGCUGGAGAAGCUGCUGGCCUUCAACCCGGUCAAGCGCAUCACAGUCGAGGAGGCGCUGAAGCACCCGUAUCUCGAACCGUACCACGACCCCGAGGACGAGCCCACCGCGCCGCCAAUUCCCGAAGAGUUUUUUGACUUUGACAAGCACAAGGAUACCCUGAGCAAGGAGCAGCUGAAGCAAUUGAUCUACCAGGAGGUCAUGCGAUGA